AUGGCAGGGCAUGUGGACCUCUUUGUCGAUGAGAGAAGGAAGAGGCGCCGUCAGAAGGGGCAGAAGGGACGAUCUUCGAACCAACUCAAUCAGGAAAGCAAUCUGCUGGAGGCUAUUGGUUACAGCUGCACACUCUUCUCUGACGAGGUUCUCGCAGCGUACUUGGAUUCUGAGGAGUCCCUUCUUCCCUGGAUAGGCGACCCGGAGCUUCGCAUCGACAGGUAUGAUGCGAGGCAUCUGCUGACGGAUGUUAGCAGUCUAAGAAAAGGACAGGCAGAGGUCCGUCACUUUGGGAAAGAGGAUGAAGACGAAGAAGCGUUGGACAGGGAGAGGUACUUUGAUCUGGAGAAUGCCCCAGGGACUGCGGAGUACUUAGAGGAGCUUGAAGAGGAAGACCGGAAGCGGCAGAAAGUAGACGGUGCUGCUUACAAGAGUGUUGGCUUCUCAUAUGGAGAAACUCCGGAGCCUGCACGGGACGAGGCAGCCAGCGCCGCUGCUCCAGAACCACUGUCAACUGAAGCGGACGCUACAGAAAGCUUCCAACCAUCUUACCCUGUGCCAACUGAAUUACUUGAAAGAAUGCCUGCCAGCCAGAAGCACCACCAAGUCAUGCUCCACACCGCCAAGUUCGUCCGCACCCACGGCGGCCAGACCGAGAUCAUCCUGCGCGUCAAACAGGGCAGCAACCCGACCUUCAGCUUCCUCAUGCCCGAAGACCCGCUGCACCCCUUCUUCCAUUUCAUGGUGGAGAACUACGAGCGGCUGGCUCAGGCGAUGCAGAGUAAACCCCAGGGGGAGACUUCGGAAACCAAGGAGAGGGAUGCGGUGUCGCUCGUGGCGGCAGCUUAUGGAGAAGACGACAAGGACGAGAGCGAGGGAGAGGAAGGGGCACAGCCUUCUGAAGAGGGGGAAGGAGGGCCCAAGCCUUCUGAAGAGGUGGAGGAAGCGGUUCAAACUUCUGGGGAGGGUUGGGGGGCAAUACAACCCUCUGGUGAGGGGCGGGAACACGAAAGGGAGGAUGGGAACGGAACAGAAGGGGGUGACGAAGCUACAAAAGGUCAGGGUCUGUUUGAGGACGGCCAGGAGCGAGGGAGUCUGGAGGAGCGGUCUGUUAGAACGCAGGACUGUGAUGCAAGCGCGGGAGACGGGUUAAAGGAAGGACCCUCGGAGGGAGGAACUCCGGUGCAGUCGUCGUGUGGGGCUCGGGAAACGACUUCUCAUUCUUCUGAGGCCCUUGAAAAUACGGACGUUCAAGUCGAGACUCCGGACCGUCCUGCAGAGCAGGUUCUAUCGGAGGCGGGGGAGAAAGGAAAGGCUGCCGCAGGCCCCUCUGCUCCUGCGGUCAGGUUCGCAAUCGCCAAGAACCCACCGCUAGCUGCCGUUCGGAAAAUCAAGUCGGAGGCGCCUGUGAGCGGUGUCGAAAAAGGUUCUGAAGCCAGUUCUGGGGCGGGAAGAAAAGGUUCUGAGCUUCUGGACGACUCGGUUGUAGACCAGCCCUCAAAAGAAGAGGGCAAGCCGUCUUUGGCCUCUGGUGUGAAGGAGCCCCAAGCUGCGGGUGUGAACGAGCCCCUGGCAGCAGGUGUAAACGGGCUGCCGCCGAGCGGUGUGACCGAGCCCCUGCCUGCUGCUGUGAACGAGCCCCUUGCGGUGGGUGUGAACGAGCCCCCGCUGCAGACGAAGCGGGUCAUUGAGAAGAUGGUCGAAUUCAUUGCCCGCAACGGGAGGCAGUUUGAGGAGGUGGUGCGGAAGAAGGACGAAGGGGAGGGUCGGUUCCCGUUUCUGGCGCCGGGCGACUCUUACCAUGGCUACUAUGCGAGCCUGCUAGACGAGGUUCUUAGAAAGAAGGGCUUGGAGACAGUGGAACCAACGGUCGAACAGCAACCAGGCGCCGGUGCAUCGCUCCCCGACUCAGCCGCCGAAACCCUUCCUCCCCUGGCCACCGCUGAACCCCCAAAUCACAACCGGGGGGCCUCUUCCAAGUCUGAAAUUGACCCCUCAGAAAGCACCCAGGGGGGCAGUGGUGAACACAAGCAGACAGAGCUCCUCUUCUUCGGAGAAACGAAAGAAGAAGAUGUUUAUGCACAGUCCGGUCGGCCAGCUGGGUUAGGGGCGGAUGCGGUUAGAGCCGCAGUUUUGGCAGCGACCCGUACCGCCUCCUUCGGCAGCCACACCGAGCUGAAGGGGUUAGAAAACCGGGUUAGAAAACGGGGCGCCUCGCCAAUCGCCAGCGACGGGCAGGAAACGAAAGGUGCUAAAAGGAGCAAACCUGCCGGGCUAGGGAUCGAUGCUGUUAGAGCGGCAGUCUUGCAAGCGACCCGGACCCCCUCUCCGUCGGUUAGCGCUAACCGAGUGGCUAACGGGCCGCCAGAGGUUAAGCCCAGUGGUUUAGGCAUUGAUGCGGUUAGGGCGGCGGUUAUGAAAGCUACCUGGGGCAAGGCGUUCGAGGAUCAGGACGGCUUGCAAGAGCGGGCCGAAACAGCGGUCGGAGCAGAGGUGUCUCCAAUGCCCCCUUUAGGUGCAAAAGAGGGCGGGCUUUCCCCGGGUAGACUGGAUGCUUCAACAUCGGGUGGUUUGGCAUUGGUCGGACAAAGAAGAGCGAGCCUAACCGGCUCCCUAAACCACGAGACACUGAGCGAGAAAGCGGCCGUCGAAGCGGCCCGCACGGCGGCCGCGGCAGCCGCGGGGGAGGCGGACUCGUCCGACGCGCGUCUGACGGCGGCCGAGAAGAAGCGUGCCGAGCGGCUGAAGCGGGCCAAGAUGUUUGCGGCCAUGCUCGGGGGGCGGGUUGGGGCAGAGAGCUCGAGCCUCGGGGGUAGCGGUGCAGGGGAGCGUUUGGGGCUUUCGGGCAGCGGUGUGAUUGGAGCAAUCGCGCGGGACGGGAGCGCUGACGUCAGCCGUGACGUCGGACCCGGCGGUGCGGCGGAAGAGGCUGCUGAGGCCGAGGCGGCGGGAGAAACGGGUGAGGCGGCCAAACAGAAAGAGGUAGGUUUGAGGGGUAGCGAAAAAGGGAGCCUGGAGAGCCCUCGAGAGGAAGGCGAGGUGGUAGGAGAAGGAGAACUAAGGAAACGUGUUGCUGGGGAAGAUAGGGGCGAAGGAGAGCAAACGGAGCGCCGGCAGAAACGGGAUUGCAGGCAUAGAGGCGAUGAUUAUACCGGGUCUUGGAAGGAAGAGGAUGGAGAGGAGAGGAGGCGGAGGCGGAAAGAGAGGAGAGAGCGGAAAGCAAGGGGAGAGGCUGGCCGGAACGGAUCGGUCGGGGGCGAGGAAUUGGAAGUCGGCGGAAGCGGAAAGGACGUAGAGGGAGAGGAGCGACGGCGACGGAAGCGGCAUCGGGAUCGGGAGGGACGGCGGGAGCGGGAAGAGACUCCGGAAGAGGGCGAGAUUCGUGGAGAGGAGCCGCGUGAUGGAGGCACGGAUCGGUAUAGGAGUCGACGGGGGGAAGAGGAGAGGGGUGGGUUGUCACGAGAACGCAUCGAUGAACAGGAUAGGGCUUUGAGUGGAAGUGAAAGGCCAAGGGAAGCUGGGAAAGCAGGCAGGGAUGCAGGGGAGAGGCGCGGCGAGAAAGAGCGUGACACGUGGGGGACGGGGACUGGCUCGGCUGAGGUGUCUCAGGCGGACGUUGUGGCGGGAAAAAGAGCACCGGGGAACCGGCCGGACAAGCUUGGAUUACGGGGAAGAGGAGAGGAGGCGGCGACGGGUUUGAUUGUGAACCGAGAAGUAGAGGGGAGAUUGGAUGAGACGGAAUCCGUUUUGCAGCGAGAAGCAAAGAGUGGUGCGGAUAGCCACAUUGACGUGCCUGAGAGUGUCCGGGCAAAGGUUCGAGCCAUGUUAGGACUUUCAUAACCAAGCUCGCUGCCCUUUCCUUUGAGCAUGUCGUUCGCCUGAGAUGAGAGGAACUUUCCGAUCAGCCACAUCUAUCCUUACUUGGUUCUGCACGAGCACGGCGUGUAUUGCUUCAAGUUUCAUCAGCGCAUGAGGCUAGAGUUCUCCUUUUCAGAUACUGGUAGCACGAAAACGAACAGUGCUGCGCGACAAUUGAAAUAGAUAUCGGUUCCAUGUAUACCCGCACGGUUUCAAAGAUAACAUGUCACUCAGUGUACGGUCGCCAC